AUGCCAAAGUUUACAGGAAUGUUGGAAUUAAUGGCUCAUUUCCGACCGCUCAAGGGCCAGCUCAAAGACACUCCAUCAAUCGCCUUUUUAUCGAAAGAUGAUCCAACUUCUCAAGAGUCAAUGCGUGUAUUAGAGGGGAACAUCGAUGAAAUUCGAUUCGUUGAUGACCACUCGACAGAAAAGAAAAUUGAUGGACUUGAAAAUACACCCAUGCAGACUGAGCAGCUUCAAGAGCUGAAGAAAUGGAUGAUCUUGAAAUUGAUUCAGAAGCCUGUCACAGUAGUCUUUAAUUCUUGA